CUACAAAGUGAAUUUUUAUACAGGCACUAAUCAAACCAUGAUUGUGUUCACGGGACCGCAGUUCCCAGUGAUGUCUGCGGUUACUACAUCCAAUAUAACCGUUGUUGACAAAGUCCCACCGGAGAUGCUUCACUUGGUUGACUCCCACUGGUACCAGUUCCCACCGAUGAAUCCACUGUGGCAUUCACUUCUCGGAGUAGCGAUUUUGGUACUAUGCUUCGCCUCGAUGGCCGGAAAUGGAUGCGUAAUGUUUAUAUUCACCAACACCAAGUCUCUUCGGACGCCGUCCAACAUGCUGAUAGUGAACCUUGCUUUCUCGGAUUUCCUCAUGAUGUUCACGAUGGCACCACCGAUGAUAAUCAACUGCUACUACGAAACCUGGGUGCUUGGUCCAUUGGCAUGCACAAUUUACGGCAUGUGCGGGUCGCUGUUUGGCUGUAUUUCCAUCUGGACCAUGACUAUGAUUGCAUUUGAUCGGUAUAAGGUGAUUGUCAAAGGUCUAUCAGCUAAACCGAUGACUGCGAAUGGUGCUAUACUGCAAAUUUUUAGUGUGUGGUUUGCUUCACUUGCCUGGACUAGCUGUCCUCUGUUCGGUUGGAAUCGAUAUGUUCCGGAAGGAAACAUGAGCGUUUGCGGAACUGACUAUCUUACUAACACCCUGCUUAGCAGAUCUUAUAUUAUGGCCUAUGCAACUUUUGUUUACUUUCUACCACUGUUUUUAAUCAUAUAUUCAUAUAUUUUUAUUAUCAAGGCUGUGUCUGCCCAUGAGAAGAACAUGCGAGAACAGGCCAAGAAAAUGAACGUUGCCUCGCUUCGAUCGCAGAAUCAGAGCACCAACACGGAAAUAAAACUGGCCAAGAUUGCCCUGGUUACCAUCUCCUUGUGGUUCGUGGCCUGGACACCUUACCUGGUGAUCAACUUUACCGGAAUAUUUGAAGCAGCUCCUAUUUCUCCGUUAGCAACCGUCUGGGGGUCGCUGUUUGCCAAGGCCAACGCUGUCUAUAAUCCGAUCAUCUACGGUAUCAGCCAUCCAAAGUACCGAGCUGCUCUUUAUAAGAAAUUCCCGUCGCUAUCGUGCAGUGAAACGGUAAUUGAUGAUAACCAAUCUAAGCUCACGUACACAUCAACCUUGGCUGCAGAAGAAAAGUCACCAGCAUGAACAAUAACGAAGUGAGAAAAUUAUGAUAUUAUAUAUUUCGAAUUUAUUCUUUUGAUCAACUUUGACGACGAAUAAAUAAACAUAGAACAAGCAACUGACGAAAGUAC